GCGCUCCCCUCCGCUCGGCGGGUGGAGGAGCGCACCCCCCACCCCCGCCGCAGCGGCGGGGUGGGCCCCGGCGAGGCGAUGGCGGACGAGGCGCAGGGCGGCUGGAGCGAGGAGGCGGUGGAUCACUUCCUGAGGUGGCGGCGCAUCGGAGCGAGAGAUGGGGCGGCCAUCAGGUGGUUCCACGCCGCCAACGGCAAGGCCCGAGCCGGGGAGGCCGCGAGAAGUGAUGUUCACAUGAUAGAAGCAGAUGUCCUUCUUCGUGGUGGCAAGGGAGGUAAUGGAGACCCUAUCAUGGCUCACCCACCUGAAACAGACAGUGACAACACAUUGCGGGAAUGGCUAAAAGAGAUUGUCAACACAAAUAAAGGCAUCAAGCUGGAUUUUAAGAGUCUAGAAGCCAUACGGCCUUCCUUGGAGCUUCUUGAACAUGUGAAGCAGCAUUUGAGGCGACCUGUUUGGAUCAAUGCGGACAUCCUACCGGGACCUAAUGGAAAUAAUGCUGUAGUGGAUGCAAAAGGGUUCCUUGACACUGUCACUUCAUUUUUCCCAACUGUAACCUUAUCGCUGGGAUGGACAACUGGCUGGCACCCUGACAAACACAAUAAAGGCUAUGAUUGGAUGAUGGUGAAAGAAAUGGCUCAGAUAUGCAAUACACUUUCCCAGCCUGUAAGUUUCCCUGUAAGAGCAGCAUUAGUACGACAGUCAAUAUCUCAGCUGCGUUGGCUAAUGCAACAGUCAGAUAGAUACAGCCUCACUGUUUGGACAGGAAAGGAAGAUCUGUAUUCUGUAGAAGAUUUGCUUUACAUCCGAGAAAACUUUGAUAAAACCAGGUCUUCAGACUUAAUUGUCCUUGUUACAUGAAAGAUCUGGUUGACUUUAAUGGAAUUAGGUAUUGUUCAGCAUGUGCAGGAAUACCUGUUUGCCUAUGCAGUGUGACUCCCUGAUACCUAGGCUUAUCUUCUGUAUAUCAGCUUGUUAUGUUUACUGUCAGUUUUACCAAGAGUUUUAUCUAUAAAUCUUGUGCUAACUUACAUGUAGAAGUGGGGCUGCUGGAUGACAUCCAAGCCAGGGGAGUGUAUUAGUCUUCAGUUCUUUGCCUCACUUCUGGGGCACUGCUGGAUGAGUUUUGGCAUAUGUCUUUGCAGUGAAGUAAUCUGUUACUACCUUCUUCUAGCUACAAUUACUUCUGACAUGUAUUUACUGCAAAUUACUGUAAUUAUUGUAUCAUUAACCUUUUAGUAGCAUGGUUGAAGGAAAUACUCACUCUAUACUGCAGUUACUCCAAAUUGCACAGGGGCAUUAAGGUCUGUGUUCCCUUACACAGGAGCAGUAACUUCUGACAGAUUGGUGCAAUAAGCAGCAGGGCAUAACAUAGACUGCCACAGCAGAGCUUAUUCAUCAAAACCUGUGAUAAAGAAGCAUUAUUUUUUAUUGUGUUUCCAGUAAAAUUCAAAGUAUUGUACUCCAUCAUCUUCUGAAUUUUGAACAUCUAAAUUUUUGGAGCAACUGUAUGUUCUUUUUUAAUAUCCGUGUACUUUGGCUUGGUUCCCUUGAAUUUUUCAGUGAUCCUUCUAUCAUUAUAGCUGUUGCUUUCACUGCCUAAUUGUGAUUCCUCUCAUUGCUGUAGCAGAAGAAAAAAAAAAAAAUUGCAUAUGUAAAUUCAUAAUCUCAAUGGGGAUCUGUCCAAGCAUAAUUAAAAUGUGUUUUUAAAAGAUGUUCUCAUUAUUGUGUUUUUUAAAUGUAUGUACAGGUCAAGUUUGUGUUUUAAAAUGGACUAGCUUUUGAGAGAGAAGGCUGUGUAACUCGUGCUAUCUGUGGCAGCUCUUGAAAGUGUUCAAAAUUGCUAGCUGAUGCCUUCAGGGAAAAAAUACAGGAAUUAAUUACAGUUCAUCAGCACACAUCUGCAUCUGGAUUUCAGAAAUUUGGGAAUAAACUGGACUGUAUACAAUUCUAAAAAAAACCCUUCACUGUUCAAUUUAAGAUCUUUGUGUGUUUUUUAAAUGGCUGAACAUAAAUUAAUUUUUCUUUCUGCAUGGGACAAAAUCUGUGAAUUAACAUUAGAUCUACAGUGCAGUGCUACCACAGGAGAUGCCAUCUUCCUGGUUAAAUUUAAAAUAGUGGUUUUGACUUCACGUUGAUAACUCUUGAGUCCUCUGGUGCUUCCUUACAUGUUGAACUGUUGACACCUUGGCUUCCUGAAUCCCAGUUCAAAUAAGCAGCAUGGCUGAGGCAAUCCCUCGUUUGAGCUGGAGGUUGGACGAGGCCUCUGGAGGUUCCUUUCAGCCUAGACCUUUUUUAUGACUUAUUGACACAUUUUACCUGCUACAUAGUACAUACUACCAUACAGGAUUAAUAUGGAUGCAGGAGGGGUUUUAAGUAAAUCUUCUGUAAUUCCUAUAGUUCAGUUAUUACAAACUUACUUUCAUCUUUGUUGAGCUUCAACAGAUACUUGCAAGGAAUUUAAGUAAAAAAUUUGUACAAAGUAACUGAACUGCUCCUGUCACCAGAGUGCCUUGGCCCCUGAUCAAAAUCCUCGGGUUCAGUUGCCCAUUCUGUACCGGCAGAAAUAAACAAGCUUAUGUUUUAAUUGUGUGAAAUGCCAAAGCCAAGGGCAUUCCUACGAGGUCUGUGCUUUCUUUCAACCAGCUACACACACCAUCAGCCAAGGAGAUGCCUGUCUCAGAUAACAGGUGUCCCUCUUUGAAGAAGAGGAAUUUUGCAUAUAUACCUAUUUUAAAAUAAGGUUAACUUGUGUAAAGGAGCAUAAGACCUGUUGUCUUUUAAAAAGGAUUAAUAGCUGGGUAUUUUAUCAGAACAAUUAGUCAUAAAAAUUGGAAUUUUAUCCCUUUCACUCUGAAAAAAUAACAGCCUGAGUUUUCUUAAGAUGUAUCCUUAUCAAAGCUGAUCUCCUUGAAGAUGCUGCAGUGCCAGUGAAAAUGGUGUGAGCAGGAAACACUGGGAAAUAUUUUACAAGAGGCAUUCCUCCCUCUAGUUCUGGAUUUCAACAUUAAUUAAAAAAAGCUUGUCCCUUUUAUGAAUACAGUGUGAAUGUUUUUAGUAGGAUGGCUAUUUGUGACUAAUGUUAGCCUUUCUAUAAGAAGCCAUGCUCUUGUUACAUGAACAAAAUAGCCAACUAAAUGGAAUAAUGGUUUACUUUUAUAAAUGCCUGAUUUUAGUUGGAAAAUUAAUUAGUUGUACUGCAUAACAGAUGCAGAAAGACUAAGGCCUUAUUAAGGACUGAUGAGGAAAAAAAGAGGAAUUUAAUGACUGCUUUAGUUUAAUAUUUUUCUCGUGUAGCUGCAUCACAUUAUGGCAAUAUUCUUUUGGAAGUGCUGCAUAAUUGUAAAAGACAAAAAUCAAAACAAAGCAACUCCAAAUGCCUUUCUCCUUAAAGCAAAAAACAAACAAAAAGCGUGGGAAAGGAUAUUUUGAAAACUGUACUUUGAACACCACAGCUUAAACACAGCCUUGAAAAAUGCUUUUCUAUAGCAUUGUUGUGUAGUGACUUGCUGUUCUUAAACUUCUUAAACCAAAACUUUAAUUUUUUUAGAUCAGCACUGGUUUUUGUGAGGCCACCACUAUUUGUCUAGAAGUUACUUUUGUUGUAUGGUUUCACAGCAUUUUGCAGAGAAAAUGGAAACCAAAAGUAAAUGUUUUUCACCUUUCUGAAUGUACCACAUAGAUUAAAAAUCAAUAAUCUCAUAGGUAAUGUGUUUUACUGAAAGCUUCCUUACAUGGAAGGCAUGCUUGCUCACAGAAGUGGCACUUCCAUUUUAUAUAGUUCAAAUGUUUAAGCAUUUUAUGCCAUUAAUCUUUCUACAAGUUAGAGUGGACGAGCUUUGCUAAUUUUUCACUGUAAGGUGCAAGUCCAGAUUGUUCUCUCUGGAUGGGAAGCCACAGCUCUUAGAAGCAAACUAGCAAGGAAGAAGUUUCAGCUUGUGGUGAUUUCUUUAUCAAGAUGCAUCAAGAACACCUGAAAGGUAUUUUGUUGUUUGUGAAGUUCAAUGGUUUGGGGGGGGGGAAUUAACAUUAGGAAUUCAGGUCUUGCUUCUCAUUCUUUGCUUAAAAGACAUUAUGGAUGACUGGAAAAUGACAAGGAUUAAGACUUCAAAGAUGUCAGAAGUGUGUAUCUCCACUGAAGUGGGACCACAGUAAGAUACCAACAGACAGAAAAGGCCUCUCUCACACAAUACUUUGUACAAAUUUAGCUAUGUUGGAUUAAAUCUAAUUAACUGUUCCAAUUUUCCUCUAUAGAGACAGCCUGAGAAACACUUAAGAGUGAGUACCUUUGGUAGUGACUCAGCGUCUCCUAAGUGGUGAGUAAAAGGAUGUGUCUAUGUCCAUAUUUCCUGAAUGGGGGAAAAAAUAACUUUUAUUUAUGCAUCGUAGCACAUCAAGAGAACAAAACUGAAUUGGUUUUCCUUUGAAGGUCACUUGUAACAUUGAUGCAACAAUAAACAUUAAUGUUAACCUUUCACAUUACUUCUGCAUCAAAAUUAAGCACAAAAUACUGGCAACACUACAGAAGAACUUCAUUUCUCAAGACAUUUGCCAUUUUCCUCUGUUUUCUAAGCAUUUUGUAAAAAAAAUACUGUUCCGGUUGAGGGAGCAGAAAUCCCAUACAUGUAAUUAAUUUUAAAACCAAUACAGCAGAAAUCAGGCUUUAUACCUUCAGCAAAGAUACCAGUUAGAACAUCUGAUCUCUUGAUUUUUUCUAAAAAAAGAAUUUGUAUUUUUUUAAAGAUAUGUUUUUAGCUUCAAAUAUUUAACUUCGUUAUGAGAUGAACAGACUACAAAUUGCCGAUUCCAUUUAUACUAUCAUAAAAACAUUUGACAAGUAUAUUGUGUUUGUAUGUGGUGUUUGUAGGGACCAAUUUGUACCCAGUUAAUAAUUUAAUAUUGGCAUAUGUUGUUCCACAUAAUUUAUCUGCCAUAAAAAGAUUUCCAUGUAAUCCUUGUUUCUACCUGGUAUAUGCAGAAGCUGAUCCAGCAACAUCUCCUGAAGUAAGAGGUAGAACCUGAAUCAAAUACUCCAUCAUCUUCACUACGUUUCCAUGGGUAUUUAAUAGCUCUUAAAAUGUACAUAACUUCACUUUUGAAACUUUCUCAUUUUUGGAUGCUUAAUGUGCAAACUCAGGGGUUUUUUUGUUUAACAUAACAUUCUUGUUUGUGUAUGUGCAGAGGCUAGAGUUUGCCAGCCAAUCCAUAAAUGACCAAGAGUCUUUCAGUGGAUGAAUAGUCCAUCUCCAAUUAAAAAAACCCAACGUUUUUGUGACUGGUACUGAUUGCUCUUGAGGGGUGAGAAACAAAACAAGUAUGACAAUCGUAUCCGAGUAAGUCAAAUGCAAUAGCAUAGUGCAGCUCACUGUGGGCCUUCCUAGCUGUCACCAGGAUGCUACGCGUCCCAGGUUAGCAGAGCUGUGAUGGGAGGAGCACAAAGGACACCACAGCUUUCAAGACCUGUAUUUUGUAGGGAAGAAUUAGUUUUGACAGUUGCAAUACAGAUUUGCCUCUUUGCUUAUUCUGGCUACCUUUGAGAUCUUGGCCAGAGGAUCAACGGUAAGAUCAUCUGCCUUCUAGCACUCAUCACUAGAGAUUGGAGAGAUUUUGUUGGAAAAUUGUUUUCAAGAUUUAAAUUUGUAGUUUCAGAUCAGCACUUGAUAUACAACUACUUUCUUGUGUAAAGAUGUAAACCAUACUCCUUUACUUUCUAGAUGUCAGAUGUGCCCUUCUUCAAAAUGUGCAUCUUAUGAACUUUUGGACAUUUUUGGUUUUUUACAUUAAAAGGUAUUUACAGACACUGUAUGUUUAUCAUCCACUUGAAAUCAUCUUACACUGAGGACAAAGCUAAAUAACAUCACAGUUAUUUGUUAGGCAAUGUCAGACUGGGUGAAUUUUGACUGAAGCUGCAAGAAGGCAGAUAGUACCCACUGUGUAUUUUCAGAAAAACGGUAUCUCAUUUCAGUAUACAGAAAUUCACAUUAUACAGACACAAUUUCACAACAAUUAAUUUCUAUAAACUAUGACAAAACAGAACACAUUCAGUAUUUCUCAUUCUUCAGAAGAUGAGUUAUAUAAUCCUAAAUGCAAUACCAGAAAUCAAGCAUCUAUGGAAUAUGCACAAAAACAAGGUAGAUGUUUGGAAUCACAGGACACUAAAUGGGAAGGAAAAACAGAUUUUAGAUAGGGAUACUUAAAAAUAUGCAAUAGCUUGGAGGCAAAGGAGUAUUUCUCAGCUGUAAGAAAUUCAGUCCUCUGCUUCAAAUUAGGCAAAAUGAGGACUUCCAUCUCCCAGGCGAGUGUUGUAGCUGUUGGAUUUUUUUUUAGGUGUGUCUGAGCAGGAGGACAGAGCCCUUCCUUGCUCCCAAGCAUGUGUCAAGUGUCCUCGCUGAUCAAGACAGCAUCUGGAUGUGUCCCACCCCCUCUAUUUUUUCUUGAAAAGAAACCCAGGCCUGUGACUGGGGAGAAAUAGCUCCUGCAUGAUGUGGAGAUCUCUGUUUUUUGAGGAGUCUGGAACUACAGAAAGUAAUGGACCCUAGUUUAGAUAAAACCUGUGCCUCCUCCCACCCUUCCUCUUUUUAAGUGAGCAGAUUCCAGCAAUCCAAUAGCUUGGGAAGCCCAAGUUGAUUGACGUGCCUUAUUGACAGUAUGAGCAGGAUCUGGUCAUUUUACAUGAGAUUAUUCAGGACUUCUUGCUCGCUAUGCUGGCUUCUUGACUUGGCUCCCAGGCGUUGUGUGCUGAACUUGAGCUCUCCGGUGCUCUGCAGAUCACAGUGACUUCCAGUGGGCAGCAAGGUAUCUGAAGCAGGCUCCCAGUCUUUAGCUGGAAUUCCCUGGGCAUAGCUAUGCAUGCAACACAGCUCUGCAACAGGAAUUUUAUUGACUGUGUAUUGUCUCUUUACAUGCAGUAAAGCCACUGAAGCCAGAAGACACUGCCUAUGUGCACUUGCCACUGCCCACCUGUUGUGCACACUGGUUGUGUCUGGGGUUUCUGGAUAUUGCACAACUUGAACAGAGUCAGUCUGGUGUCCAGCAUCACAGUCAGAUGUUUCCUAAGUUCCCAAAUUCCACGUGUAGCACCAUUCUGGGUGCAGAAAGGGUACACGUUUGGGGAAACCUAGAAGGGAUAGUAUUUCCAACCUAACAUGAGAACUGCAGUGCCUAAGACCCGUUGUGGGUUCAGCCUGUCACGGGUAAAGUUUCAGUGCUGAAGUUGAAAACAUUAUGGAAACAGUAUAAUAAAUAGUCCUCAGUUUGCAGAAAGCAGCAUCAUUAGUUAAGUGUAUCUUUUCAUGUAGUCUGUGAGCUAUUUAACUCAUUCCAAGGCAGAGAGCUUUACACCACAGACCUGCUAUCUUUUGUGAUAUGUAUCGUUACAAUCAGGUAGUGCAGUGAAUAUGUACAUAUCGUAAAGAUUCUGUAACUCUUUAAUCCCCUGUUAAAAAUUCAUUAAUUGCUUAAUCUGCUCAGUCUAAUGACUGCCUCCGUAGCAUUUGCGUAUUUUUGGUCUCCCUAGGCAAAGCAGGUGCUGCUGGUAUUAAGGGUUUUUGUCCACAGGAAAUCAUCCCAGAAACCCUGUUUAUGAAAGUAAUAUCUGGAAUUGGGGGGUGAGGAUUCACCUUCAGUGGUGGAAGAAAACCUGGUCUUGUGUGAGCAUAAUGAUCCAUGGCUCCUGAACCAUGUCUUUCUAGACAAGCUUUAUUGCUCCUGCUCAGACUAACAGGAGGCAUGUUCUCCAGUACUUCUCUAGAACUUGGUAACAGAGAGUGAGAUGGAGAAAGAAUCUUUUUCUUUCCUAUCACUGACUUACUGUCUUCUGCAGCAGCAGGACUUAGAAUAGUACACUGAGAAUCAGAGCUGUAGUGAUUUGCUCCUAAAUUCCUUCUCUGGAUAAUACCGCUGAGGUUUGAAACAAAGCUGAUUUGUCCUGAACUGGCAUCCUUACCCAUAGGAAUCCCACUGGGGCUAUGAUUCUCUUCAACACAAGGAGUCUGAGAGUUUAUCUCUUCAUAUGAUAAUUUCCUUGAUCCAGUUUGAUCAAAGGUUUUCAAUAAAUGAGCAGUGUCUUUUAUGUCAAUA